GCCCUGGCACCCAGCACAGUCAUAGUAAAUGUGUUUGAGAUUCCUAUAGCAACGCAGUACUGUGUUACGCCCUAUGCGGCAGGCAAUGCCCAGUCGAGAAAAAUGAGCGCGAUGAUGUCUCCCGACAAGCUUCCUGAAGGCGCCUUUGGACCGAACUCCGUCAGGCCACAGCGAGUAGGACGCUACAAAGUCUGGCUGCUCCAAAAGCGCUUUGCGGAGCUUAGCGCGCAGGUGGAGGCCUGUGUUCUGGAGGCCCGCCAACUCGUGGCAUGGAAGCAAACCUUCCAGCCCCUCCAGGUCGCUGACCUUACCGACGACGACAGGCGCAUCGUGGAGCACAACCGCCGCGCGCGGCUGGUGGAAAUCGUGCAGAAGCACUGCUCACAGGCGCUGAAGGCGAUCAUGCAGCACAAAUGGGCUUUCCCCUUCAACACGCCCGUGGACACCAGCCGCUUCGUGGACUAUCUCAAGGUGGUGGCCACGCCCAUGGACUUCUCCACUGUCCGCAACCGCACAGAGGCGGGAUACUACCGCGACCCCAAGGACUGGUGGUCCGACGUGAUGCUGGUUUUCUCCAACGCCAAGCGCUACAACGCGCCCGGCAGUGACUGCCACCUCAUGGCGCAGACGCUGCAGGAGGUGAGCGAGGAGAAGUACGAGAAGCUCAUAGCGCCGCGGCUGGCGGAGGAGGCGGCGGUGACGCAGCGCGAGGAGCUGCACCUGCGCAAGCGGCGCGCGGAGCUGGCCAACGGGCAGGUCGCGGACGCCAUGGACGCGCAGUGCGGCAUGCUGUUCGGGCUCAUGGCGGAGCUGCACGCGGCCAUCCGCGAGGCCAAGUCCAUGGCCGCCUCGCUGUGUGAGCCGCUGACACUGGAGGAGAAGCAGGCGCUGGCGGCCACCAUCCAGGGCCUGCCCACUGCUCAGCUGGAGUCCAUCGUGGCGUUCGUGGCCAGCCGCCACCCGCCCAGCGUCAGCCAGAGCGAGGUGCCCGCCGGCGGCGCGGCCGGCGGCGCGCCGCAGCCCAGCCGCAAGGUGCAGCUGAACCUGGGCCGCUACGACCCGCUGCUGCUGCGGCAGUUGCAGCACCUGGCCGCCACCUGCACAGCCACCACCGCGCUGCGGCAGCAGGCGCAGCAGCAGCAGCAGCAGCAGGGGCAGCAGCAGCAGCAGGGGCAGCAGGGUCAACAGGGGCAGGGGCAGGGAGCGGGUGGCCUGGCGCCGCUGGGUGUGGUGAUGCCGCCGCGCAUGCAGCCGCGCGUGGCGAGCCCGCCGGCGGCCCGCCCGGCGGCGGUGGGGCAGCCCGGGCAAGCAGGGCAGCCAGGCCCGAGCACGACACCAGUGCAAGCGGGUGCAGUGAACGCGGCAGCGGCGGACGGUGGCGGGGCGGCGGCGGCACCGGCAGCAGUGCCAGCAGCCGCACCCGGUGCUGCCCCUGCCCUCGCCGCGGCUCCCGCCUCAGCACCCGCACCAAUAGCAGCAGCAGCAACGGCACCGGUGGCGGCGCCCCCAGCCGCGCCCCAGGCGGCGGGCGCCAGCAGCCCUGCGGGCCCGGGCCCAGCCGGGCCAGCCGCUGCGGCGGCGGCACCCCCGCCGCCGGCGCCCAUGGCUCCGCCGCCGCUGGGCAGCACGCAGCGCAACAUUGCGGACGUGGUCACCAACGCCACGGCCAGUGGCGUCUCCGUGCGCGCCGGGAUCAAGUGGCCGGGCCAGGCGGUCGGCGCAGGUGUGCGGCCCCGCGCCCGCGCGCUGCUGUCGCUGCAUGCGGACGGCCCCGCCAACGCCGGCGAGAUGGUGGCGGCCUGCCCGCUGCCGCAGCCGGUGCCGCUGCCGCUGCCGGCGGCGCGGAGCAGGACGGCGGCCCGCGGCUUGAAACGGAAAGCGGCGGCGGACACCGGGCAGGCGACGGCGCCAGCCCACGGAGACGGCAAGGUGGCGGCGGCAUCAGGGUCAGGCGACGGCCAACAGCUGCCGACGCCCGGCGGCGGUGACGGCGGCACUGCCAUGGACGUGGACGAGGGGACAACUGCGGCAGCCAGCUGAAGCACGCAGGAGAGCGAGCUCGAUGCACAUAUCCGCUGCCGUAUGAAUGCGACAUUAUAAGACGGGACAGUCCGACCAAGCAAGUUCCGUGUGCGGGCAUGCCGACGGCUCGCGUGUCGACUGGUUGCGGGUGGCGAGGUGGUGGGGAAGGAGUAAGUGGCAGGCGAGGGCAACUGUGGUACUACCCCGCCGUGCCUUGCUUGAAUCUGCACAAAUCGUACGAUACACAAAAUGUUUGUUUGUUGGAACACAAGGACUUGAUGACUUGCGACGGCUUGGUAGCAUGGACAAAGGAAUGGCUGCGCUCGACUGGAGGGGCCUCAUGUGGACCAAGACGAUUGCGAGACGGUAGGCCGAGAGGGUAGGCCGGUAGGGGCCCUGCACGGAUCAGUGCAGCAGUGCAUGUCAGACGGCAUAGCCGAAUGACCUACUGCCUUGACCACUGUCCCAUCACACACCUACUGCUUUGACACACUGGGUUGAACUGUGACCUUGUCUUGUUGGUACAUAGAAGUCCGCCGGGCCAAGGCCACUGCGCGGAGUCGCUACUCGCUAGCAAGCAGCUGCAAAAGCUGUGCGGCAGUACUCGGGUGGGUUGGGGGCGAGCCUUGGAGGCCUGCUGUUGUAAGUACCCCGUAGC